AUGCCACGCCCAAGCGAUGGCCCGAUCGUCUCGCCCAAGACCAGCGCCCGUCGCGGAGACUACCAAUCACUCGAUAACGAGAUCCCACAAGACGAGCAGCAGCUCACUCCUACGUCUACAUCUACGUCUAGCCUUACGAAAGAUUCCGAGAAUGAUUUCCACCAAUCCUCCACCACCUCCGAGCGCCUCGCUUCGCGCGGCCAACCCAAUGAUGCGGAUUUACUUUCCAGCGACGACAGCGCCGACGACGACGCGAACGAAGACGAUGUUAGACUCCGACCGUUGAGAAGUCGAAACCAGAAUGCGGAUGGGAAUCACAAUCUGGAUACGCGUCGUGGUCCUGUGCGCUCGAGCUACAAUCAUCGAGCAGUACUUGUCGACGAUACACCUUCGGGCAGUUCGUCCACCCUCCUCCCGAAAGAAUACGAGCGUGAGGGCAAUGGCAAUGAAGAAAUCCCCGUACCGAAAGAACAGCGCGACGUCGGGAAGCGCAUUGAAGGCUUCCUCGAGAGCGAAAGGAGGACUUUACUAGCCGAGUCGUUUCGGACGGACAUUGAGGAUGCGAAUACCGAUUUUGUGUUUAGUGAUGACGAUGAAUUCGAUUACGAGAAUGAAGAUGAGUAUGGGUCUCCGAUCAAACCGCGCAGAAGGGACAGAGAGGGAGAGGAGCCCCGCUGGAAACGAUAUUGGAGUGCCAUUUUUGGGAAGAGAACUUGGUGGCAUAUUGGCGGGUUCUUUGUUGGUGCAAUUCUUUUGAUUUGGAUUGCGCUCCAAGGGCUUGUUUGGUAUCGGGGCGAUAGACAGCAGGGAUAUGUGAGUUUUUUCCUCCUGCUCCUCCUGCUCAAUGGCAUUGGCCUUGGACUGGGGGGUGUUCGCUCUGUUCCGUGGUAUCCGGCUCCUAUGGGGGGUACUAGCUCGAACUGGAGCGAGAGUUAUAGAAAAGCGCACGAUAUGGUUGAGAGGAUGAGUCUUGUUGAGAAGGUUGGCGUUACGACUGGGACUGGAUGGCAGAUGGGUCUUUGUGUUGGAAACACAGUGUCGACUCCGUCGGAUUCCCCCUCUCUCUGUCUACAAGAUGGUCCGCUUGGUCUGCGCUUCGCUGAUAACAUCACCGCGUUCCCUGCCGGAAUCACCACAGGCGCGACCUGGAACCGUGAUCUCAUGAGAGCUCGCGGGAAAUCCCUCGGACGCGAAGCUCGCGCUAAAGGAGUCAAUGUUCUUCUUGGCCCCUCGAUGGGUGCCAUGGGAAUGAUGCCAGCCGGAGGUCGAAAUUGGGAGUCCUUCGGAUCAGACCCUGUCUUGCAGGCUGUGGCAGCUGCGGAGACUAUUCAAGGCAUUCAGAAAAUUGGCGUGAUGGCCACAGCCAAACACUUCGUUCUGAAUGAGCAGGAACAUUUCCGCCAACCCAACGACUGGGGCACAGAAUACGCGAUUUCUUCCAACAUUGGCGAUCGUGCCCUUCAUGAGGUCUUUGUAUGGCCAUUUGCUGAGAGCGUGCGCGCAGAUGUCGCGAGUGUUAUGUGUGCCUACCAAAUGGUCAAUAAUAGCUAUUCCUGCGAGAAUAGCAAGCUUAUCAAUGGCAUUCUUAAAGAUGAGCUCGGCUUUCAAGGGUUCGUCCAAUCGGACUGGCUAGCACAGCGGUCUGGGGUACAAAGUGCCCUGAGUGGUCUCGACAUGAGUAUGCCGGGUGAUGGGCUCGCCUGGGCAAAUGGCGAAGCCCUCUGGGGACGACAAUUGACGGCCGCAGCUUUGAACUCAUCCGUCCCGAUGGAGCGAUUGAAUGAUAUGGUGACACGAAUUGUUGCGGCGUGGUUCCAUUUCCGCCAAGAUCAAUGGGCAAAACGCGGACCUAACUUUUCCUCUUGGACGGACAAGAAAAUGGGUAAACUGCACCCAGGUAGCCCGGACGACCAUUCCUCGGAGGAAGUCAACAAAUUCGUGAAUGUGCAGGAGUCCCAGCAUGCUAUGAUUGCUCGUGAGAUCGCGGCAGAAGGCACUGUCCUCCUGAAGAACAUCAAUAAUACCCUCCCUCUCUCGCGAACCGCCCCCAGUCCGGAUGGGAAAUACCGGGUCGGUAUCUUCGGCGAAGAUGCAGGUCCUGGAAAGGGUCCUAACUCCUGCGCUGAUCGCGGCUGCAACCAGGGGACUCUAGCCUCUGGCUGGGGCAGCGGCGCAGUGGAAUUUCCGUACUUGAUUAGCCCUUGGGAAGCUCUCGAGACUGCGUGGUCAAAUGAUCCAGUUGACGUUCGUAGCUACCUCAGCAACGAUAUUGCACACCAAGAUUUGGCGGAGCAAGAUUUGUGUCUCGUUUUUGCGAACUCUGACGGCGGCGAAGGUUUCAUCCGCAGCGACGGCAUCAAUGGCGAUCGCAAUGACCUAUUCCUACAACGCAACGGGGUAAACUUGGUAGAGAGUGUCGCGCAAAAAUGCGGAGAUGGCCGAGGCCGAACAAUCGUCGUGGUACAUUCCGUCGGCCCUGUUGUGCUAGACCCCUGGAUCGACCUCCCAGGUGUUCAUGCGGUGCUCUACGCAAACCUUCCUGGCCAGGAGAGCGGGAACGCCUUGGUCGAUGUGUUAUUUGGUGACGUCGAUGCUAGUGGACGCUUGCCCUACACCAUUGGUCGGUCUCUUGAGGACUAUGGUCCUGCCGCGCAGGUCGUAUACAAGACCGACGAUCAGGUUCCACAAGUCGAUCUUGACGAUGGUCUAUACAUAGAUUAUCGCCAUUUUGAUCGACACAACAUCACACCACGCUAUGAGUUCGGCUACGGAUUGUCGUACACUACUUUCGACUUCUCCGAUCUCCGUAUCAAGGCCUUGCAGGAAAAGUCCCGGCUUCCACGCCCGCGUCAGAAGAGCGAUAUCGCGCCCCCUGCCUACGAUAGCAGCCCCGGUUUAGCGAAGGACAAUCUGUUCCCCAGUAACUUCACGCGUUUGGCCAAAUACAUCUAUCCCUAUCUCCUGAACACGGACGGCACCGACCCAGGAAAAUACCCCUAUCCAGAGGGGUACGACGAGAAGCAAGAACCAUCCGAAGCCGGAGGUGGCCCGGGCGGAAACCCAUCAUUGUGGGAAGGCAUGCUGGAACUCUCGGUGAAGGUCACCAACACCGGAACCAGAGUAGGCAAAGAGGUUAUCCAGAUUUAUGUCUCCUUUCCAGAGGGUGUUGUCGAGCACCGCGGGAUUUCCAAGAGUAGGGAAGAGAUCGACUUUCCAGUUCGCGUGCUUCGGAAUUUCGACAAGAUUUCUCUCGAGCCCGGGGAGUCUAAGACAGUUGAAAUGACGUUGUCCCGCAAGGAUCUCAGCUAUUGGAGUGUUCGGGCGCAGAACUGGGUAUUGCCGACAGAGGGUGAGUUCAAGAUCUGGGCUGGUCGCAGUUCUCGGGACUUGCCGUUGGUGGCUGAGUUCUAG